ACAGAUUACGGAUGGAUGUCGCGGCAGGGAAAGAGGGAGUACUCAGCCGUCCAGGACCAGCUCAGCAACCGUAGAAGACGCGAAGCGGGAAGAGAGGAUGGAUGGGUAUGGGAAGACUUUUGGCUGCAUUCUCGACAUGUGAUCUUCGGAUUCCAUUACUACCCCUCAUCCCCAUCUUUAAAAGGGGACCCCCGGGUUUACGCUUUCCUCCCAUCCCAUCUUCCUCUUUCUUGGAUUCGGAACAUCACGCACCCACCGCUUGUGUAUGGUCGUUCCCUUCGUUUCCUUAAAGGAUUCCUUUUUCUCCCUCUAAUUUCGUCCUCCUUUUGUUCCCCACAUCUCCACCGCUUCAACGACGCGUUUCUCUUUCUCUUCUCAAGAGCAAUGACGGAAAACGGGGAUUUCAGCUUCGCCUUGGACGGCAACAUGCUGGCUCGCAACGGAUUGCCUCGGAUCCAGACCCACGGCAGCGGCAAGAAGAGGCCGGAUGACGCGAUCUGCCACGACGACAGCACGCCGCCGGUGAAGGCCCAGACCAUCGACGAGCUCCACUCCCUCCAGAAGAAGAAGUCCACCCACACCCCUAUCAAGGACGGCCAAGGUGGCGCCGCCUUUGCCAUCCUCUCCGAGGACGAACGCCAGAAGCUCCAGCUACAAUCCAUCAGUGCGUCGCUGGCGUCGCUGACACGGGAGACAGGACCGAAGGUGGUGAAGGGCGACCCGGCGAAGAAGGCAGAGGCACCCAAGGUGGGGGCGGAGCACCACCACUACUUUACCCCCACCAUCAGCGUCAGUGACAGCGCCCUCAAGUUCACUCACGUUCUCUACAACCUCGCCCCCGCCGAGCUAUAUGAACAAGCCAUUAAGUACGAGAAGGGAUCGUUUAUAACGUCGGCAGGGGCCUUGGCCACCUUGUCCGGCGCGAAGACAGGUCGAUCUCCAAGGGACAAACGCGUCGUCAAGGAUGAGACCACUGCAGAUGAGCUCUGGUGGGGAAAGGGUUCACCUAACAUUGAGAUGGAUGAACACACUUUCCUGGUGAACAGGGAGAGGGCUGUCGAUUACUUGAAUUCUCUAGAAAAGGUCUUCGUCAACGAUCAAUUCCUGAACUGGGACCCGGAGAAUCGGAUCAAAGUCCGGAUCGUCUCGGCGAGGGCCUACCAUUCCCUAUUCAUGCAUAACAUGUGCAUCCGGCCCACGCCUGAAGAACUGGAGGAUUUCGGUACUCCGGACUUCACGAUAUACAAUGCUGGACAAUUUCCAUGCAAUCGUUACACACAUUACAUGACAUCCUCCACUAGCAUAGAUCUAAACCUCGCUAGGAGGGAAAUGGUCAUCCUCGGCACGCAGUAUGCUGGGGAGAUGAAGAAGGGUCUGUUCAGUGUGAUGCACUAUCUCAUGCCUAAGAGACAAAUCCUCUCCCUGCAUUCUGGCUGCAAUAUGGGCAAACAUGGUGACGUCGCCCUCUUCUUUGGACUAUCAGGCACCGGGAAGACAACUCUAUCCACGGAUCAUAAUAGACUGCUCAUUGGAGAUGACGAGCACUGUUGGAGUGAUACUGGUGUUUCGAACAUUGAGGGUGGCUGUUAUGCCAAGUGCAUCGAUCUGUCCAAGGAGAAGGAGCCCGACAUCUGGAACGCCAUUAAGUUUGGAACGGUGCUGGAGAAUGUAGUAUUCGAUGAGCACACGCGGGAAGUGGACUACUCAGAUAAAUCCGUUACCGAAAACACUCGUGCUUCUUAUCCCAUCGAAUACAUCCCCAAUGCAAAGAUCCCGUGCGUUGGGCCGCACCCUAAGAAUGUUAUCCUCUUGGCAUGCGAUGCUUUCGGCGUGCUCCCACCUGUGAGCAAGUUGAGCCUUGCUCAGACCAUGUAUCAUUUCAUCAGUGGCUACACCGCACUGGUGGCCGGCACGGAAGAUGGCAUCAAAGAGCCGCAGGCAACAUUCUCUGCUUGCUUCGGAGCAGCAUUCGUAAUGCUCCAUCCCACGAGGUAUGCAGCAAUGCUGGCCGAGAAGAUGCAAAAGUAUGGUGCCACCGGUUGGCUUGUCAACACCGGCUGGUCAGGUGGAAGGUACGGUGUUGGGAAUCGCAUCAAGCUGGCUUACACUCGGAAGAUCAUUGAUGCCAUACAUUCCGGUAGCCUCCUGACCGCCUGCUACAAAAAGACGGAGGUGUUUGGGCUGGAGAUACCGACGCAAGUUGACGGCGUGCCGUCCGAGAUCCUGGACCCGGUGAACACUUGGGAGGACAAGGCAGCCUACAAGGAGACUCUGCUGAAGCUGGCUGGCCUGUUCAAAAAGAACUUUGAGGUGUUUGCAAACUAUAAGAUUGGAAAGGACAGCAAGCUAACUGAGGAGAUCCUUGAUGCUGGUCCCAACUUCUGAACCUUCGCGUAGCAGCAAGAGAGAGAUGAAUCGUAAUGGGACCGCACAAAACGAUGGAUGGUGACCACGACCAUAGAAACCUAGUGAUCCUUGAAUAAAAUUAUAUAUAUACACAUGUAUGAUCUAUAUAUGUAAAACUCGUUUUUCUGUUCCCUAGUCCUAUGUUCCUUGAAUUUUACAUUCAGUCUCUGGCUGCAUAUAUCCUUUCAAGGACAUAAGUUGACGUUUAUGAUUCAUAAAAACAAAGUGCGAAUAGCGUCUAUUUCAAC